GAAUAUUCUAGACCCUCCCCUGAUCCUGCGGAGCACCGUACCUCCAUUCUCCUUCCUCCUCUCCAGGCAAACAAAGAUCCAGGCCGCAAAUUGAGGGUUCAGGGUUUUCGUCACCCAGCGCCUCCCAAAUUUCUGAUUCCAAUGGUUUACAUCGCUUCUUGGGACGAGUUCGUGGAGAGAUCCGUGCAGCUCUUUCGCGCGGAUCCCCAGUCGUCCCGGUACGUGAUGAAGUAUAGGCACUGCGACGGGAAGCUGAUCCUCAAGGUUACCGACAACCGUGAGUGUCUGAAGUUCAAGACAGACCAGGCCCAGGAUGCAAAAAAGAUGGAGAAGCUCAACAACAUAUUCUUCACUUUGAUGGCCCGUGGCCCUGAUGCUGACAUAUCAGAAGUAUCAGGCAAGGAACAGGUGGAGCAGCAGGCUUCGAAGAAGGGGAGGGGAAGGAGGCAGUAAAACUGUAUUUGUGUUUUGCCCCCUCAUAAAUGAAUCAGAAGAUCAGAUUUUGGUUUUCUUUGGUCUCUUACACAAAAGCAGGCCAAUUAUACCCUCAGUCCAGAACAGGGUUGGAAUUGCUUUCAGUUACCAUUUUUGUUAAAAAUCUCAUGGAUACUAAACAUCAUCGUUCCUGUUUAAGCCCCCUAGAUUGCCCAUUGGGGGUGGUUGCGCUAGCAAGGCAAAUUUAAGUACGCAGAAUUGUUUUCAAUUU